UAGAAAGUGCGGUUAUUUUGGUUCGAUAUUGAAAAUUCAACAUUAGCGCUUGAAAAAAAUGAACUCAAUUUCAAAAGUGGUGGCUAUCUGUCUAAUUUUUAUUGCUUCAACCGAAAGCUGGAUACUUGAAAUUACCACAUGUUUCAAUUCACAGUCUCCGAGUACUCCUAAAUAUGAAAAUUCCGGCUAUUUUAACCGAACAUCGUAUGUUUGCAAGGUAACUGUGAAACCAUCUGAAAACCUGACACAUUUAGUCGCUAUUGUUGGUGAACAUCUACAUCUUCGAGGAAAAACGAAUGCAGAUAUUGAAAUCAUAAUGAUUUACAUCCCGCCUCUUGAUAACGUUACUGGCAUUCCUUUCAAUAUAGGAAAAAAUGUGUUGCCGCAGCUCAUUGGUGUCUCAAUCCAUGGUGCUGGGAUAACAUCUAUUAGAGCGGAGGAUCUCAAACAGUUUGCCGAUAUAAUUUACUUCAAAACUACUAGCACAAAAAUUGUUUCUAUCGAUAGUGAUUUAUUUAAAUACACCCCUCUUAUAGAGGUGCUUUAUAUACAAGGCAUAGUCACAAGUGUUGGCCAAAAUUUGCUUGAUGACCUUAAAAACUUGAAGGUGGCUGCGGUUGCGAUGAAUUGCCUGAAUUACCACACUGCUUCCACACCAGAGGAGUUCGAAUGGUUAAAAGGCAAUUUAACUAUGAAAUGUUCAUCAACUACAACUAGUACACCUCCGACGCCGGUGACAACAACAAAAGCUACAUCACCACCAGUCGAGGAUUGCCAGAUGCGUUGUUCACUGAACGAAGAAAUUGAUGAAUUGAAAGACACACUUUUGAAACAGGAUGCAUUGAUUGGAGACCUUUUCCAGACAUUGUUGGAUUACAGUCACAGAAUUUCUGAGUUAGAAAAAUUCGAUGCGAAAAUCAUCACGGCAGUGAAUGUAAUUCGUGAUCAUGAUUAAAUUUAGUUUGGAAAUAAAUUUUGUUGUGAUCCGAAGACUUGA